AAAGUUUCCGGGAAAAAAAAAAACCGAGUAAACAGGUUGAAGAUGAACACGAGACGGACGUAGCAGAAGAAACAUUUACGGCAUUCCCCAAAUCGAUCACGAGUUAAUCUUAAUAAUAUUUGCAUUUAUUUAAUCAUAUUAUACAAAAAGUGUUUGAUGCGUUUUACCGGGAAACAAAAGGAAACUCGAUCGAGUUGUCAAAGGAAAGUGUAUUUUAUCCCGUAAUCUGAAAGGACUUCCUGACAAGCCAACGAUGAUGAUAACAUCUGCUGUAGUUUUAUAUCUGCUUCUUCUUUCUCAUCAAACAGUUUCAGAAGAGCAGGUGCAGCAGUUUGUUAUUGGAGAAAAGGGGAACAACACAACACUACACUGUCUUGACCAGCCUGUUAAUGCGUCUUCAGUUCUUUACCAGUGGAAGAAAGAUGGAGCUGUUGUCGCAACCCAAAACCCCCCAAACCCGUCAGUGCAUCUUUCUAUUUCAGAGAAUGGCUUUCUGAGGAUCAGUGGCCUUCAGUUAAUCGAUGAAGGACUUUAUGAAUGUGAAUCCCAAGCAAAGGGUGGACGCUCGUGGCAGACUCUUUCAAAAAUCCAACUUACAAUUGCCGCUGGUCCCACUGGCGUAUCACUGGACAUAAGUCCAGCGACUUUCUUGAACAAUGGAACGUUAUUUGUCCAUAAAGGUUCGGAUGUCAAUUUCAGUUGUUCCAGUGAGUCAAACCCAUCACAAAACCUGACAUGGACGGUUGACAAUUUGGCAUCAGAUAAUCCUGAAAGAGAAUUUGGAAGCAAAUCUCCUCUUGCGUUCUCCAUUACAAAUAUCCAGCCACUAGAUCAAGGGACGUACACUUGUACAUCCCAGAAUACACUCUCCAGGAGAACCGCGAACAAGACCCAGGAGCUGCUGGUUUACUAUGCUCCAGAUAGGCAUCCGGAGUGCAGUUGGGAGUUGGGAGAUAAGCCAUCUGAUGUGUUGUUCAUAUGUAGCUGGUUUGGAGGUUACCCUGUGCCCACUCUGACCUGGCAGGAAGUCGAAGGAGCAGCCGAAGGUCCCACAAUCAACUUGACGACGCCCCAGCAGACUGAAGAGCUGAAUGUCUCUGUGAACAGGUCAAUCCUGCACGAUGGAGAUGAAGUGAAAUGUACUGGACAUCAUGUGACAGGAGUGGAAAAAUCCUGCUUCUUUACCCUCAAGAUACCAUACCCAACAGGACAACCUCUGGCCACCGCUUUGGAAGGCACCAAUAUCACCAUCAGCUGUACUGAGACCAGCUCUCUACCGCCAGCCAAAACUGUCUGGAAGAAAAAUGAUGACCUCAUCGAAAACACCUCGAAAUAUAUAGUGCAAGAAAAUAGACCCGCAUUCACACUCACUAUAGUCAAUGUAACAAAGGCUGAUGAAGGAGUCUACUACUGCUACAGUGAAAACCCCCUGGGCGCAAGAGAGCUGGAAGUGUAUCUGAAUGUGAAGACCUCUGCAGGAAAUGGAGGAGCCAUUGUUGGGAUCUUUGUCUCUGUGUUGGUAAUGAUGAUUGGAAUUGUUGUCGGUGUGACGGUUUAUACGAAGCGGGAUCGAAUUUGCAUCGGUUUAGGAUUCAGUCAAUUAGAUGAUGACCGAGUGGAUGUUUUGAGUCUAGUGGACUCGGAUGAAGAGGAAAUUUUCCAUGAGGCUGUUCCUCGACUUCCUCCAGUGACAAACGGACACGCAACCACACUCGUGGAGAUCCACAGAAUACCAUCCUGUGAUCAUGAAGACAUUGCAGACAGCACUGAACAGAGCGAUCAAACUCAUGCAAAUCUGACAGAAGCAGGACCACAGAGAGCAGAAUCACAACCAGCAGUUUAAACCUACACUACACCAAUUCCUCAAACAAAUUGUGAACUGUGCUAAAUUAUUUGUUUGUUUGUUUCGUGAGAUGAUGUUAUGCUUGUGUAAUAUUCCAGUGAUCUGUGUAAAGGAUUUAAAACUAUUUUAGAGAGGCCCUGUUUUUUAUUUUCAGUAUUAGGUUUUAAUGUAAAGGCCUCAGAUGGGAAAAUGAUAACUUUUACUGUCACAUUACAGCAUGUCAGUGAACUGUUACAGAAUGAGCUUGUUUUUGAAUGAUUGUUUUCCAUGGAUAUGCAUAGGUGAACAAAUCUGGGUCAGAUUUUAUGAAAAAAAUAAAAAAUACUGAAAUUUUA